UAAAUCUUGGCUCUUGGCUUGGUGUGGCCCUCGUGGCCAAAAAUUUAUCGUGAAAUGCUUUUUUCUAUAUUUCUUUGCCUCUGGCAUUUAGCCAAGAAUUUUGUGUCAUGCCGUGUCCUUCUCAAAAUACACUGUCCUCUGUGGAAUUCUUGCAAGAUUCACACCACAUCACAAUUUCUUUCUGAUACAGUAUGGCUACAGGUUGUCCAGACAGGUCAGUCUGAUGCUUCUGCUGGUUUAUAUAUAUUUACAAACUCUCAUCGGAGCUCUCCGCAUCCACAUCACAUCAGGACAAAAUACAUCAUUAAUGCGGGUGAAAAUACAUUAAGGAAUUUUCGCAUGGGUGGAUUACCAUCAAAGGGACUUGACAAGAUGUUCAUGACUGGCUCUACAAUCAAUCACAUUGGUGGUCUGACAAACAUGCUUCUAGCUACGCAAACUGAUAAUUUUUCGGUCGAUAAACUUGUCGAUGUCUAUGGUCCACCGAAUCUGGAUGCAUUCUUACAAACAAUACAGAAAUCUUUUCAGUACAUGAGUAAGUUCGAGUUUGUAAAACUUCACCAGAUUGAGGAACGAAUAAAGUGGCUGGAAAUUGCGAGUGAUGAUAAUUUUCAAAUUUUCGCCUUUGCUACAAGUGAUGGUUCGCAAGAGAACGGUCGGACGAUUUUCCCAAAUCUUGCCGUUUCUUACGCGUUUUUAUUACAAGAACCGCUACGAAGAGUUCGCAUGGAUGUAACAGAAAAUCUUGGCCUGGCGCAGGAAAUUUUGAGAAACGUUAUAGAAAAGUGUCAAAUGGGAUAUUCUGUUGAUUUACCUGGUGGAAAACAUAUCAAUCCAGAUGACAUUCUUCAUCCGACGCCACGUCGACAAUCAUUUGUUGUCAUAGAUUGUCCAUCAAAACAUGUCCUGAACAAAUUAUCUUCUUUCAUGUCACGUGAUUUCUUCUCAAGUGAUUUGCACACUCACGUGGACAUAGUAAUUCACAUGACCGGAAAAGAUAUAGCAAAUUCCAUGGAAUACAAAUCUUGGAUGACAACGUUUGACCCAGAAACGAAACAUCUUAUGAUGAAUGAGCACGUGAUUGAAAGACCAGCUUUCACCGUCUUUGAUGAAGUUUAUGAUAGGUUAAAUAAACUUCACGUGAACAUUUUCCCGCCGCUGUACUAUUCAUUGUUUAUGGAUAAAAUUCACUCUGGUUUUAAAGAUUUUCCCGAGGGUUCUGUCCAUUUUGCUGCUCCGACUUUGAGGUAUAAUUUUCGGCCAAUAGCCUUUGAAGGCUUUGAACAAAACUUGGUGGCUGUAAAAGCUGUAAAUGAAAAAGAAUCGUCGGCAAAUGGAAGUCGUUCAAAUGUGUUCGCAAGCUCUACGUUGAGCAACGAUUUUCAGGUUGUUUUCCUUGGAACUGGUUCACGUAUUUCAUCAAAUCUUCGCAACACUAGCGGGAUUUUGUUGAAUUUGAGUGAUGAAACGUCCAUUUUAAUGGACUGUGGCGAAACGUUAAGACAGAUGUUUUAUCAUUACGGAGACGAUGUGAACACGAUGCUAAAGCGAAUCCGUACCGUGUUUGUCUCCCAUAUGCAUAUUGACCAUCAUUUGGGUCUUGUCAAUAUUUUACGACAUCGUAAGAAGAUUAUGGGUGAUUCAAGUUUCGUAAGAAUCAUUGGUCCAGAAACUUUGGACUUAUACUUAAGAUAUUUCGAAAUGCUGUGUGGUGAAACUUUCAACUUCAGGUUCACUCAGUUUUGGUGGGUGAAAAGAGGAUUAGAGAAGAAAGAAGGCAAACAAUUUAGUCGCUCUUUGGGAUUUUCUUCUAUUUCUGUUGUCCCUACGAAACACAGUGAUUACUCUCAUGGUUUGGUACUUGAACGCAAUGGAUGGAAGAUCGCUUAUUCUGCUGACACAAGACCUUGUAAACAGUUAAUGGAUGCCGGUGAAAAUGCGACAUUACUCAUUCACGAGGCUACAUUCGAUGAUAAACUGCUUUACAGAGCGAAAGAAACUGCCCAUUGUACCGUAUCUGAAGCAAUCAAAUGUAGUGAACUGAUGAAAGCCGAGUACACGAUUUUAACACACAUCAGCAAUCGACAUAUUUUCCCCUGUAAAUCUUCAAGACUGCCUCAUCACGUGAGCUUUGCUUUUGAUCACAUGACGGUUGAGCAAAAAGAUCUUAGAAAUAUUCGUGGAAUAAUGGCAAAUGUUGAGAGAAGCGUUGUAUACCAAUGGAAGAGAAAAAGAAAACAGAAGCAAGCUGUUAAAUCAAAAGACUCUCCCAUUAUGGUGAAUUCUUAGACUGGCGUAGCUACUUAACCGAACGAAUGAAUUCUUUGCAUUCAAACUUACAGGCUUGCAAGUAAUUUUUGAAUUGAAAUUACCUAACAUUUAGUUUUAUAUAGCUAAUCAUGGCACUCCAGAAAA